AUCCCCUUAGAAUAUGGCCGACCUAAAACGGAAACACCACCGCAUUUCGAAAGGGGAUAAAGUGCCUGUAUUGAUCGAAGAAGCAUUAGAUGAUGUUAUAAUUGUGACCUUGAAAAGUGGAAAUAAAGAAUUUCGUGGAGUAUUAUUGGAUUGCAGUAAGAGAAACAUUCCUCACGGCGUUUGCUUCUCUUCAUUACCCAAAACUCCUGAUAAAUCUGCAGAAAAAGGCGUCAACAGCACCUCAAAUGAGGCUGGAGAAAAUGAAAAUGGACAAAUUAGUGUGUCAGCAUCUACACACAGAUUCACAUACAACAAUGAUCCAGUUUCAUUGACAGAUAAAGUUGUGUUGGUGCAUCCUAAAGGCAGUCUGCGACCAGUUCGCAGCAAAGCAGUGCGUGAUAUUCGCCUUAGACCCCGUCAGACUCUGUGUUCUAAAUGUAAAAACAUGAUCCAUGAAAAUGGAAAAGUGUCAGCCGUGAAAUCUUCCUCCCCGAAACAAUCGAAACCAGUUACGAACAUCACAAAGCCUCAGCUGAGUCCUUCACGACAUUUAAAUCGGCCGAUGGUCACAUUGAAAUGGGGUUUGAGAAAAAGAAAAUAUCAACAAGAAGAAACAAAUGAAAAUGAGGUGAAAAAACCUGCACCUGCAAAAUCUACAAGUGCGAAAACACGAGAGAGGCCAGAGAGACAAACACGUAGUUCUGUGGACAAUAAGAUUGCCCAGGCAAAAGAGUCAUUUCCUGAAGUAAGAUUGUAUAAAUUAGAGGAUGUUAGAAAUGAAACAAAGGCUGCUCAAAGUGGGGCUCAGAAUGUUGAAAGUAGAUCACAGAGAGAAGCUGAGCUGCCGGAGCAGAGUGAUGAAGUCGACAGUGCUACACUUAAAACUCAAGUACAAAGUGAUUGUGGAACAAAAGCUCUGAAUCCAAAAGCGACACCUAUUAUAAAGAUAUCCUUUGGAGAUGGGGCUGUGCUCAAAAUACCUCCCCGUCUACCUGGUGCUGAAAUUGAUGAUCAUGUGGAAAGCAGCUCGGAAGAAAUUCAAGAAAAGCAUGUCGAUCCUCCAGUAGAAAAUAGGAAUUAUGUUAUGCAUAAGAAACUGAAAAAGGCCAUGAAAAAGUCAAAGGAAAGAGUGCGAAACAAGUCAGGUGACCAUGAAAACAGAGCGCAGAGUUUGGAUGAAAAAUCAGAUAAACAUCAUAGGAAGCACAAACGGAAACACAAGCAUCGCCAUCUUAGUCCGUAUGAGAGUCGUCCGCUGGAAUCAAACACAAAUGUGAUUAUUAAUGACUGGAAUGCUAAUGAAGAGAAAGAUUUGAAGGAAACUUUUGACAAAGAUUCUUUAGACAAAGAAUCCUUGGAAAUGGAAAACAAAAGUAUCAGUGAUUGGGUUGAUCAGAUUAGCAAUGGAGAAGAUGAGGACAAUGAGAACUCGGUGCCAACUCAAGAAGAGGUUCGACAUCCACGGCCACGAUUACUCUACACAUGGAACAACAAUAGAGGUCUUUCACGUGUGGAGGCAAGUCCAAAAGAAUUCCGAUUUUCCCCUGAACAAAGGUUUCCCUCGGAAGAAAGAUUUCCUCCCGAAGAAAUAAUUCACCAAGAUGACAGAUUUCCCCCAGAAGAAAGAUUUCCAGUUGAGGAAAAUUUUCCUGAAGAAAAUUUUGUGCCAGAACAACGGUUUCCGCCAGAAGAACACUUCCCUGAAGUCGAACAAUUCCCUGUGGAACAAAGGUUUCCGAACCCAGAGCCAUCUUUAACAUACGAGGAUUCCCCGCCUCCCAUGAUUGUUGGAGUAGGUCCCUACAGUCCGAUAAGUUCCGCGAGUGAACCCUCAGAUGACCCGACUGACUUGCAUGAUGGUCUGUCGUAUGGCCCGCCCGGGCUCGGCACCAUGAUGGGGGAACUCAGUGUGGAGGAGCCACAGACAGAUUCAGAUGUGAAAAACAUGAAACCGCUCAUGAUGAAAAUUCAGACCCAGACAGUGGUGAAGUGUGUGACGGAGACGGGUCGGCAGCUUCAUGUGGGGGACAUUGUGUGGGGGAAGAUUCAGGGCUUUCCGUGGUGGCCAGGGAGGAUUCUCUCCAUCACAGUCACUCAGAAAGACAGUGGUGUCGUCAUCGCACAAAUAGCCCAUGUGACCUGGUUCGGCUCGUCAACUAUGUCGCAUAUGCAGUGCUCAGAACUUUUUCCAUUUCUGGAGGAUUUUAAGCUCCGCUUUAAUAAGAAAAAGCGUGGUCCAUAUCGGAUUGCCAUUAAACAGGCCACAAUGGCGGCACAGUCAAACUAUAGUAACUCAGGCCACCACAUUGAUUUGGAAGAUCUGGAUGAGUACAAGUCAAGUUAGGUACAUGAACCUGAUUGUCGGGUGUUGCAAAGACUUGGAACAUUUUCCAUGAAAAUGUCUAUAGAGUGCUGUAAGAAAGGAAGCGCCAUUGACAGGUCCAGUUUUUGGUCCACUGAUAGUCAAAUAUUAAAGACAUGGCUAGAUAUAUAUUGUGACAUAAGUGCUUUGUAACCUACAGCUAAGCUUAGGGAUUACACCUUUUUUGCUCAGAAAUAUUUCUCAAUAUAUGGUAUUUACCGGUAGAUUAUUUUAGAACGUUAUGACACGGCAUCGUCAUUGUGAGGAUUGUUUGUGAGCCACAAUGUGGAUGGUGAUGUAUUUUGAUAAAAUGGACCUUAUUUGUACCAUGUUUGGAAACUUGUUAGAAAAUGCAGCCAGCCUUUAUCAUUGAUGAGAUGCGCUCGUUGAUAUUAACAAUAAUUUUCUGUUGACUCAGUCAUAGAAGGGUAGGGUGCUGUACAGAGUUGUGUCCCUUAGUGGCCUUGAUCGUGAGUUUAAAUCCUGGACUCAAGCGGAUUAUUCUCCAUGUUUUGUCAUCUUCCCGAGGCAAGGGUGUUAACUGACCAUAAAAGCUCAGUUUCCAUCCUUGCCUAACUGGGCUGGAAUUCUGGAGUUACAGUUUGGCUGGACUAAAGAGUCUAUGCAUAGUCCAAUCAUAAUCGUGUUACGAACUAGUCAUCCGGGCAUGGAUUUCAAAUUGCAGAUUUCGGUCAACUGCAGGAUUUGCAAAGCAUGUGUACUGUCAACAGAUAUUUUCCAAAUGUUUUCAUGUUUUUAAUCAAGGUGCUCAAGUGAUUUCAUGCACUUUGCGAGGUAAGACCACU